CCCUGCCCCACUCCUUCCCCCGACUGUCCCAGUGAGCAUUACCCCCCGGAAUCUCCGACCUUAGGAACAAUGGCCCGCUCCCGCCGCGCGAAGCUCGUCUCCCUGACCAACACCACCAAGCGUGGCCGUGAGCAGAAGGAGAACCUCAUUACCGAGAUCCAGGAGGCCAUCGAGCGCUUCAACAACAUCUAUCUUUUCUCCGUCGAGCACAUGCGCAACACCUUCCUGAAGGACAUUCGUGCCGACCUGCCGGAUUCGCGCUUCUUCUUCGGCAAGAACCGCGUCAUGUCCAAGGCCUUCGGUGUGGCCCUCUCGGACGAGCCGCACCCCGGCCUGGCGGAGAUCGGCCGCCGUCUGGUCGGCAAUGUUGGUCUCCUGCUGACCAACCGCCCGCACGAUGAGAUCGUCGACUACUUUGCCACCUUCUCCAAGACCGACUAUGCUCGCGCUGGUGCCAUCGCCUCUGAGACCAUCGAGCUGUCCGCCGGCCCGGUUUUCCGUGGCAUCAACCCCGUGGCCCAUCCCAUGGAGCCCACCCUCCGUCAGCUUGGCAUGCCCACCAGCCUUGUUCAGGGUGUUGUUACCCUCCAGCGCGAUUUCACCAUCUGCACCAAGGGCCAGGCCAUCACCUCUGAGCAGUCCCACCUCCUCAAACUCCUCCUCGUCCCGCUCUCGGAGUUCCGCGUCACCCUCCUGGUUCACUGGAUCAAGCCCUCUGCCGAGCAGGAGGAUGUCGAUCGCGCGUCCACCUUCGAGCUUCUUGUCUCUGAGGACCAGAUGCCGGAGACCCUGCGGGGCCUGAGCGCUACCCCCGAGAUUGCCAGCUCCUAAAGGGGAGAUAGAGAGAGGGGGGGACGAGAAUAUUGCAAGAGCGAGUGUGCGAGCGUGCAUGCCUCCUCUGGCUCUCAUGACAAGAGGGGGGCAACUGAGCUGCGGCGUGUCCCCUUGCUGGCUCUCCCCAGGCUCGGGACGCUACAGCCUCGUGUCUUCCAAAAAAAAAAUCCCCCCCUCUUUGCGACACGGUGUCGCUCGCCACCACACCACUACCACCGCUAGAACCACGCGCAAUCCCCGUAUCAUAGCGCCAUGCCAGAGGGCCGCUAUGUCGCUGCCGUGCGGCAUCCGAGAAGGCGGCCUCCCCCGCAUGAUGUGCCCCUGUGCUCGCGUUACGAAAAAUAAAAAACUCCUACACA